AGUUCUGGAAGUAACAAGGCAUUUGGUUGCUAGCUGACGUGAAACUUGUGCUCCAGCUUGGGAAGACGUGCAGUGGGAGACAUUCACCUUCACACACCCCACAGUUCUCUGCUUUAGAAGAAGGGGACUUCGUGUGCAAGAGUGGUUCAAGAUGAAAAUGUAAUGUUGAUAAUGCUGAAGGUCUCCUGAGGAUAACUGACUUCGUAAGAGGCUUUUCCCUCCUCUCCCCUUCCCCUUUUUUUUUUUUUUAAUAACUUCCUCUGUCGCAAACUACAAGCAAGAUGCCAGCCAAGACACCCAUCUACUUAAAAGCUGCUAACAAUAAGAAAGGGAAGAAAUUCAAACUAAGAGAUAUCUUGUCUCCUGAUAUGAUUAGCCCACCACUUGGAGAUUUUCGUCACACCAUACACAUUGGAAAAGAGGGACAACAUGAUGUGUUUGGAGACAUCUCCUUUUUGCAGGGCAACUAUGAACUAUUGCCUGGAAAUGAAGGAGAAACCAGAGUUAGCCAGUCUGGUGGCCACAAUGAAUUCUUAAGGGCAAACAGCACAUCUGAAUCCAUGUUUACAGAAACUCCAUCACCAGUGCUCAAAAAUGCUAUUUCCCUUCCUGCCAUUGGGGGUUCUCAAGCCCUUACAUUGCCCUUAUUGUCACCAGUGACAUUUAAUUCAAAGCAAGAAUCUAUCAGGUCAUCAAGAAAUUCUAGGCUUAGCUGUGAGCCAGUAAUAGAAGAAAAAUUGCAGGAGAAAAGUAAACAGACGGAGGAUGGAGAAACAUACAAAGAUGACAUAUGGAAGCAAAAUGGUGGUUCUUCGAAUUUUACUAACGGUAGAGACAGUCACUCAUCCAGCUUUUCUGAACGAUGCACUGAUUGGCAAACAGUUGGUUUAUUUGAUGACAGUCGACUUUCAUGUGAACUAACCAAGACAAAGUCAGAAGAAUCCCUUUCAGAUCUUGCAGGCUCUCUUCUCUCAUUACAACUUGACUUGGGACCUUCACUUUUGGAUGAGGUCCUCAAUGUAAUGGACAAGAAAAAAUGUUAGAACUGGUACUCCCUUGCUUCUUUAAGUGAUUCACUUAAACAAAAAAACAACAAAAAAAAAAUAGUUCAAAAGCAGAGACACUUAAAAAUAGCUGUAUUUGCAGUUGUUUGACGGGUUUUCUAAAAAUAU